UAAAACUCAUUUGCUCUUCCUAUUUCUCGAUUUCUUCUCAGCCCUUCGUUCACUCUCUCACGCCUUUCUUCCCUCUCUUCUCAAUCUCACUUUAGGGUUUAGGGUUGAAUCACCGCUCUAUUUUCUCUUCUUCUUCGAUAGUUCUGUCACUUGUAAUCGAAGAACUCUGGUACCGGUUCUCGUUAAACGACGAAUGAUUUGGUGUAAAUCUACACCUUGUCGGAAUGAGAGCAUUUUUUGGCGACGAUGGCAUGGAAGACGACGCAUAAACCACAUCUCUAUCUCUUCCGUCGUUGUCCUUUUCAUCUUUCUCUGAAUCUUCCGCUUCAUUUCCGACAUGAGAUUCAGAGAUCCAUCUAAUUUCACAUUUUCCUCGGAAGAGCAUCGCUGACCUAAAGUUUAAUUUGAUUCAGAGUAGUUGAAAUGUAAGUACAGUGAUGUAAAAUGAGGGAAGACGGUGACGUAUGUGAAAUUCGUGGAUGGAGGGACGGUGGUGUCGGCGAGCACAGACGGGAGUUUAAAGAUGUGGAAGACGGAGGAGGGCGGGGGUGCACGUGUGGUGCGCACGUACGAGGGGCACGUGAACGGGAGGAGCUUUGUGGGGUUGUCAGUGUGGAGGAAGGGGGGCUUAAUCGGGUGUGGAUCGGAGGACAAGAGAGUGUUUGUGUACGAUAAGAGGUGGGGAGAGCCAAUAUGGGUAAAGGAAUUUGAUGGGGGGAUGGGGUCGGGUUAUGGGUUGGUCAGUAGUGUGUGUUGGAGGCAAGUGGGAGAGCAAGAAUGCACCUUGGUAGCUGGCGGGUCGGAUGGCGUUUUGCAAGUUUUUGUCGGACACAAGAAGAGAAAGAAGAAUGUAAGGUGCAAAAGAAGUUGGCAUCAAUGGCCUCCAUUUCAAAAGUGCAGAUUUACUAUUAAAGGAUCUCUGUCUUCUAGGACUUGAUAUUUCACCUGAUACAAGCUCGCCUUAAAUCAACAUCUAUAUAUAUCUGCAGAACAUGUUCGGCAAGUUGAAUGAGGAAAAUAAACUGUACAAGUCCUCUGUGAUGGUUACAGCCGGUGCAAAUCAGGCAUUUGUUAACCUUGUUCUUACAUUGUGUGAUGCUGGGGAUUCUGUGGUUAUGUUUGCUCCGUAUUACUUCAAUGCCUACAUGUCUUUUCAAAUGACUGGUGUCACUAAUAUAUUGGUUGGUCCCGGUGACCCAAAAACACUUCAUCCUGAUCCAGAUAAUUGAAGUGAUAUCGGGUUGAAAGCUAAGCGAUUGUGUAGAAAUGGUCAAGCGACCGUUGAAAAUUGAAGACUGAGAAGGCAUUUAGGAUUUUUAAUUAUUUAAUUCUUGUAUUAGAAUUUUUUUUCAUGUACUGUUGUAGAAAUGUAUAUAUAAACAUAAUAUUAAUAUUUUAUUUUGUGUAUUCAAAUGUAAAAGACAAAUGUUAUAGUUUCUAACAUAAUAUGAAUUUCAUUGAUU